AUGCCUCUUUCAAGUCUAACACAAACACAUACAAAUGCAGUUUCCACACCUGCUUACUCAUCCCCGGCUAAAAGUUUAGGAGACCCAGGAAUAACACCAUUGUCUCCAUCGCAUAUUGCGAAGGACUCUGAUGCAAAUGACGCUGUAGAGCAGUCAUUCCUUGUUGUUGUGGCUAUUGAUUUUGGCACGACAUCCAGUGGCUACGCCUACAGCUUCACCAAGGAGCCAGAAUGUAUUCAUGUAAUGAGGCGAUGGGAAGGUGGAGAUCCUGGUGUAUCCAAUCAGAAGACUCCAACUACUAUCCUCUUAACGCCAGAAAGAAAGUUUCAUAGCUUUGGUUAUGCAGCAAGAGAUUUCUACCAUGACCUGGAUCCCAAUGAAUCCAAACAUUGGUUAUAUUUUGAAAAGUUUAAGAUGAAGCUACACACCACUGGUAAUCUCACCAUGGAAACAGAUCUGACAGCUGCAAACGGGAAAAAAGUCAAAGCUCUUGAAAUAUUUGCUUACGCCCUGCAGUUCUUUAAGGAACAGGCAUUAAAGGAGCUCAGUGAUCAAGCUGGCUCAGAGUUUGAAAACUCUGAGGUAAGAUGGGUCAUAACAGUCCCUGCUAUUUGGAAACAGCCUGCAAAGCAGUUUAUGAGACAAGCCGCAUACAAGGCAGGAAUGGCAACUCCUGAAAACCCCGAGCAGCUGAUAAUUGCCCUGGAACCCGAGGCUGCUUCCAUCUACUGCAGAAAGCUCCGCCUUCACCAGAUGAUAGACCUGAGCAGCAAAGCACCUGUCAAUGGUUAUAACGCUAGUGACACCGUAGGAGCUGGAUUUACACAGGCUAAGGAAUACAUACGUCGUAAUCGGCAGAGCCGCACCUUUUUGGUGGAAAAUGUCAUAGGAGAGAUCUGGUCUGAGUUGGAGGAAGGUGACCGGUACAUAGUUGUUGACAGUGGAGGAGGUACAGUGGAUCUCACUGUCCAUCAGAUCAGGCUACCUGAAGGACACCUGAAGGAACUGUACAAGGCAACUGGUGGGCCAUAUGGUUCUGUAGGCGUGGACUAUGAGUUUGAAAAACUCCUGUGUAAAAUAUUUGGAGAGGAUUUUAUUGAACAAUUUAAAAUCAAGCGUCCUGCUGCUUGGGUGGAUCUGAUGAUAGCGUUUGAGUCCCGUAAAAGGGCAGCGGCCCCAGACAGAACCAAUCCACUGAAUAUCACUCUGCCUUUCUCCUUCAUUGACUAUUAUAAGAAGUUUCGAGGUCACAGCGUGGAACACGCCUUAAGGAAAAGCAAUGUGGAUUUUGUCAAGUGGUCCUCCCAAGGAAUGCUAAGGAUGAGUCCAGAUGCAAUGAAUGCCCUUUUCAAACCUACAAUUGACCAGAUCAUUCAACAUCUUAGUGAUCUGUUUGAAAAGCCAGAAGUAACCAAUGUCAAGUUUCUGUUCCUGGUGGGUGGAUUUGCUGAAGCUCCUUUACUCCAACAAGCUGUCCAGAAUGCUUUCGGUUCAAAAUGUCGAAUCAUCAUUCCUCAGGAUGUGGGCCUCACUAUCCUCAAAGGCGCCGUCCUUUUUGGCUUAGACCCUGCUGUCAUCAAAGUGCGACGUUCCCCUCUGACCUAUGGGGUGGGGGUCCUGAAUCGGUUCGUGGAAGGAAAGCACCCGCCGGAGAAGCUGCUGGUUAAAGACGGCACACGAUGGUGCACUGAUGUCUUUGACAAAUUUAUCUCAGCCGACCAAUCUGUAGCUCUUGGAGAAACAGUGUCGCGCAGUUACACACCUGCCAAGCCUUCCCAGUUAGUAAUAGUGAUCAAUAUCUACAGCUCGGAGCAAGAUAACGUCAGUUUCAUCACUGAGCCUGGAGUGAAAAAGUGUGGCACUCUUCGUCUGGAUCUCACAGGAACUGAUACUUUGGUGCCAACUCGGAGGGAGAUCAAAACGCUAAUGCAGUUUGGGGACACUGAGAUUAAAGCCAUGGCCAUUGAUGUUGCCACUUCUAAGAGUGUCAAAGCUGGUAUUGAUUUCUUAAAUUACUAA